UGUCAGUCACUUCCGGUUAAAUUUUACCAGAAUGUCCGUAUGCAGAAGUUUGCUUGUAGGAUCAAGAUGUAUUACUACCUGUCCAGUGAGAGGAAUCUCAACAUCGUUAGCCUGUUACAAAAGAAGUUUAGGAGGAUCUGAACCUUUACGUAAUGUAAGAGCUGGAGUUUAUAAGACAACACGAAGAGGAGAUGUGUGGAUAACUUAUGAAGAAGCACAACCACCUCCAAAAAUAGGAGUUACCAAAUCAUGGAAAAGUUGGAACUCAAGUAGUCUGGAAGGAGAAGGUAGAGCACCAGAAACAGUUGUGGACGACAAUUUUAUUCGUGAAUUCAUGAAAGGAACUUUCCCUGGUGUUCUUGCAUCUGAUGUGAUUGUUAAACGUAGACAUAAUAUAGUUCUUAUAAGUUGUAUCAUGAGUUGUGUAUUAAGACCAAUGAAAUAUUACUUUUUGGUUGGCUAUACAGAAGAGUUAUUGUCAUGUUUAUUAAAAUGUCCAGUAAAACUUGAGAUACAGACUGUAGGCAGUGUAUAUGACCUUAAAUUUAGAACAAUUUAAAUUUAUGUUACUUUUGUAUUGACUAUUGAAUAAACUAACAAUUGUAUAAA